CGGUGCAGUGUAGCUGCAGCAUCACAGAAAGCAGGAGGUCUAACUCACAGCAAGAACAACCUAUCAAACCGUAACCAUGUCAGACCUUUGCGUUGGAAUCAACGGAUUUGGCCGCAUUGGCCGCCUGGUCCUCAGGGCCUGCCUGCAGAAAGGGAUCAAAGUCACAGCCAUCAACGACCCCUUCAUUGACCUGCAGUACAUGGUCUACAUGUUCAAGUACGACUCCACCCACGGGCGCUACAAGGGGGAGGUGUCUCAAGAGGGAGACAAGCUCAUCGUCGACGGCCAUCCUAUCUCUGUAUUCCAGUGUAUGAAGCCCGCUGAGAUCCCAUGGGGCAAGGCCGGCGCUCUGUACGUUGUCGAGUCCACCGGAGUCUUCCUCAGCAUCGAGAAAGCCUCUUCUCACUUGCAGGGUGGAGCUAAGCGCGUGGUAGUCUCCGCCCCCUCCCCCGACGCCCCCAUGUUUGUGAUGGGAGUCAACGAGGACAAAUACGACCCCUCCAACAUGACCAUCGUCAGCAAUGCAUCCUGCACAACUAACUGCUUGGCUCCCCUGGCCAAAGUCAUCCAUGACAGCUUUGGUAUCGAGGAGGCCCUCAUGACAACAGUCCAUGCCUACACUGCCACCCAGAAGACAGUGGACGGUCCCUCUGCUAAGGCCUGGCGCGACGGCCGCGGUGCUCACCAGAACAUCAUCCCCGCCUCCACAGGAGCUGCCAAGGCUGUGGGCAAAGUCAUCCCAGAACUAAACGGCAAGCUGACCGGAAUGGCCUUCCGCGUCCCCGUGGCCGACGUCUCCGUGGUGGAUCUCACCUGCCGCCUCUCAAAACCCGCCAGCUACACUGCCAUCAAGGAGGCCGUCAAGAAGGCUUCCCACGGAUCCAUGAAGGGAAUUCUGGGAUACACAGAGGACUCUGUUGUGUCCUCUGACUUCGUCGGUGACACCCACUCCUCCAUCUUCGACGCUGGUGCCGGUAUUUCUCUUAAUGACAACUUUGUCAAGCUCAUUUCCUGGUAUGAUAACGAGUUUGGCUACAGCCACCGUGUCGCCGACCUCCUGUUGCACAUGCACAGCAAGGAGUAAACAUCAGUCUGGGGAACCAGGACGAGAACCGCAUUCCUUCUUUUUUCCAGCCACUUAAGAGUCAUAGCUGAAGCGCUAGCAUCCCACAAAGUCUCUACAAGACCACCUAGUCUCUGUAGUGAUCUGUGUGUGUGUGAGUGAGUGAGUGUGUGUGUGUUUUUCCUUUCACCUAGAGGUGCUUAUGAGUUGAACAGUAUUUGUGUCCGUGUCACCCCAUGAAGCGUUGCUGUAGGUGUUCCCAUACUGGAUGUUACGGUUAUACUGGCGUAAUAAGACCAAUGGUUUAAUGUGCUAUGUUACUCUCUAUAAGAGAAACUAACUAUCAAAUAAAUAGUUUGAAAAAACA